AACCUGUAACCCGAGAACCUGAUAACAACGAGAGGGAGAAAAAAAGGGGGCUUUCGUCUUGUGUCAAGCUCAAGUCCAACCCCUGCACUCCUUGGGAAAUGUACCUAGAUAUACUUCUGAUGUUUUUUUCCCUCUCUCCUUGCUUGCGAGCAUGUGCUCAGAGUGAGAGAGAGAGUAAAGGAGGAAGGAGUGACUAAGUGAGAGGGAGGAGAGCAAGGAGAGAAAUAGCGAGAGAGGGGAGAGAGAGAAAGGGGGGAUUAGCAAUAGCCCGCAGCCAGACUUUCCCAAUUUGUUGGUGCUGAGUGCUGCAGUGUGCUGUUCCAGAUCUUGGGUGUUAGGGCUCACUAUUUGGCCCUCUUCGUGGCACUUGACCGUAUAAAGAGACUUGAGACAUUUCUAUGCUCAUUUUUCUGGCAAGAGGGAGAGAGGAACGAAAAGCCAGAGCUAUUAGCGUGGAGCCUUGUGAAGCCAGAAAAAUACAUACCUCUCUCUCUCUCACAUACACCUCCACGAUCUCUCCAGCCUAGGUAGGCAGCCUUUGGAUUACCCCACCUAGUGUGCACGCCGACAAAGCAAGCCAUUCUCUGCCUCUCUGCACACUGAAAGAAAGGACGAUGUCGCACUAAACGUGGAAACAGCAAAAGAAGGAACGAGUGAAAGAGAGGGAGAGAAAGAGACGGUGAGAGAGGAUGGCUACGGCUGUGUAUCAGGUGUCUUCGUCCUGUGUUCCUGCCACUAACUAUGAGCUGGCACCUGGUAACGACAUACCCCUGAAGUAUGUAGAGACUAUGGGUUCAACAAAGUCCACAAAGAGUAUGGAGUCUCGACGCAGAUCAUCAAGGAGUGUGAGUCUGCUGCAGGCCCUAGAGGAGAGCUAUGAGGUGGACCUGGUCUACAUCACUGAGCGGAUCAUCUCCGUCUCCUUCCCCAGCUGCGUGGAGGAGACCAGCUACGCCUCAAACCUCCGCGAGGUGGCCUCCAUGUUGCGCUCCAAACACCAAGACAACUACCUACUCUUCAACCUCAGCGAGAAACGGUAUGACAUCAACCAGCUCAACCCAAAGGUGUUGGACUUUGGCUGGCCAGACCACCACGCUCCUGCCCUCGAUAAGAUUUGCAGUAUCUGUAAGGCCAUGGACACCUGGCUGAGCGCAGACAGUCACAAUGUGGUGGUGAUACACAACAAGGGGAACCGAGGGCGAACAGGAGUGGUGGUGGCAGCAUACAUGCAUUACAGCAACAUAUCAGCCAGUGCUGAUCAGGCCCUGGACAGGUUUGCCAUGAAGAGGUUCUAUGAAGACAAAGUACUUCCUGUGGGUCAGCCAUCUCAGAAGAGGUAUGUACAGUACUUCAGUGGUCUUCUUUCAGGACAUAUCAAGAUCAACAACAAACCCCUGUUCCUUCACCAUGUCAUCAUGCACGGCAUCCCCAACUUUGAGUCCAAAGGAGGAUGCCGCCCUUUCCUCAAGAUCUACCAAGCCAUGCAGCCAGUCUACACAUCUGGGAUCUAUAAUGUCCAGGGAGACAGCCAGACCAGCAUCUGCAUCACUAUUGAGCCUGGCCUGCUGCUGAAGGGGGACAUUCUGCUGAAAUGUUACCACAAGCACUUCAGAAGCCCACAGCGGGAUGUGAUAUUCCGGGUGCAGUUCCAUACCUGCGCUGUGCAUGACUUGGGAAUCGUCUUUGGGAAGGACGAGUUAGACGAGACCUUCAAGGAUGACAGAUUCCCGGAUUUUGGAAAGGUGGAAUUUGUAUUUUCCUUUGGACCAGAAAAAAUCCAUGGUAUGGACCACUUGGAGAAUGGGCCCACUGUCUCAGUGGACUACAAUACCCAAGAUGCUCUAAUCCGCUGGGACUCCAAUGAGAACUUCAAUCAGCAUUGUGAGGACACUAUGGAUGACGUCAUACACACACAGGGCCCUCUCGACGGCAGCCUCUACGCUAAAGUUCGCAAGAAGGAGUCCAUCGAGGGCUCGGUCACUGCCAACGGCCUCUCGCCUGACGCCACCCAACACGUCCUACCUGCCGUCGACCAGGUACUUCCCACGGUCGACCACGCCCUGUCGGUGAGCAGCGACUCUGGCAACUCCACCGCCUCUAUCAAGACUGACCGCACCGAUGAGCCAGCCCCGGCAGCAGCAGCGCAAGUACCCAAAGCAGCCCUUGCAGUGAGCCAGCCACCAGCGACCCAGGAAAAGGUCGCAGACUCGGGCACGGACCCGGCCGUCCAGCCCAUCAGUCCCCAGGAGAAGCAGGAGCUGGAGCAGCUGCUCAGCGGCCUGGAGGGCCCCAUGCACCGCCAGGGCUACCUGUCCUCCCCAUCAGGUGGAGGGACAAGUAUAGGACUAGGAGGAGGAGGAGGGGGAAUACUUCACCUGGUGCCGGCCCAAGUUCACGUGAACGGCCACAACAGCAGAAUGGACAGGGAAACGGAUAUUCUGGAUGACGAGGUGGCACUGCCUACCAGCCAGGAGGGCAACAGCAUGGAUAGCCUGGGCACCCUGUCGUCCCUGGAAGGGAGAGCUACACCGGCAGACCUCUACUAUCAGGCUGAGACGGUCAUCAAUGGGCAGCACGAGGUCACCUAUCUGGAGAGGAGCAUCCCCCCGGAAAAUGCUGUCAUCAAUGUCGCCAUACGCUCACGGGAUGUGGCCGCUCAGGUUCCCGUCACAUUGGUGCGAAGCCUAUCCUCAGCUCAGGAUGGGACAAGCGAGUCCAUCCCCCCAGGGAGCGAUUACAUUUUCAGCCAAAACGGGAACCUGUAUCGCUCGCAGUCGUUCGGUGCAGAGCAGAAACCCCUCCCCAGAGCUCCAGCACGUACCACCAGUAGUCGUGAUGCCGUCCAACGGGGGCUCAAUGUGUGGCAGCAAUAUGGCGUCCCAGAGGAGCCGGUGAUGGACGGUGUCCAUUUUGGCCCUUUUCCACCCUCCAUGCCUCUACAGAGCCACCACAGCCUGCCACAGUUCCCCCACCACCAGACUGCCUCGCAGCAGGAGAUUGAGCAGUCCAUUGAGGCCCUCAACCUGCUGAUGCUAGACCUGGACCCAGGCUGUCCUUUGGGGCAGGUGUCCAAGUCCCUGAGCGCUCCGCCAGGGGAUAAUGGGGUGGUGGUGACCAUGCAACCAUCCUUCUCCCAGACCCAGGCCAGACCCUCCUACCAGGCCGACUCAGCUAUCUCGGGAAGCCAUGCGCCUCGCCUUGCCAAGGUCCCGCUGAGUUCCUCCCCCAUCCAGCUGUCCACGUCACCAGAGCCCUCUGCCGUCCAGAGACCCACAGCCAUCUACCAGCCUGGUCCCACCGUAGUCUCCGUCCCUGGCUUCCUCACUGACCCUUCCAGCCAAGGGGAAGCCUGGACCAGUUCUCCCACCCAGGUCCCCACUACCGUUGGCCAGCUGCAGCUGAAGCCCAUUAACACGUACCCCCCCAGCACAAUGACCUCGUCCCUGUCCCCAGAGCUCCAGCAGAGUCUCAGUGCCAUCUCCUCAUUGCCCCAGCUGAGAGAUGCCGAGCCUGAUGAAGUAUUCAACGUGGAGGGCUUAGUAGCCCAGCGCGUGGCAGAGUACUCAGCCAGAAUGCGAGGCCAGUCUGAGCACCAUCGCUCCCUCUCCCUCUCUGGUGUCCAGUCCCAUGGGAUGUCAUCAGACGAGACAUUGGCCCUGCCCCGUCACCGCACCACCAGCGAAGGACAAUGCCACAAUGGCCACGACGAAAACUUAUCUUACGAACCCCCAGUCCGCUCCCCCAUUCGCUGUGUCUCGCCGGAGUUCGUCAACACCUUAAAUCUGAAUCCUGGGGGGAGGCCCAAAGAGAGACACAUGCACAGCUACAGAGAGGCCUUUGAGGAGUUGGAAGGUGGCUCCGUCAGCCCCACGCCCCUUGUUGGUGGUGAGGUGUUCCCCCAAACCCCUGCCUUCCCCAUCUCGCCGCAAACCCCUUACUUCAACCUGUGCCAAGCUCGUUCCCCUCCAGGCCUGAUGAAGACCCCUCUCUCUGCCCUGGGCCUCAAACCCCACAACCCAGCUGAGAUCCACCUCAACCAGAGUGGCUCAGAGCCGCGGAGCUACGUGGAGUCGGUGGCCAGAUCAGCGGUGGCCGGUGGGGGACCACCAGGGUCACCUGUGACCCUCACCCCUCCAAGAGAGAUCUUGGCCAGACAGACGACCACUGACCCUGCCCCGACCUUCAACCCCCCACUGUCUAGCAGCAGCCCAAUCCACAGCUCAGAGGGAGAGCACCAAUUGGCUGACAGCAGUGCAAACAUCCCCUCGCAAGCGGCCAGUGACUCCGGCUUCCGUUCCCAGCCUUCUGAGGGCGCAUCCCCCACCCCCACUCCCACCUCUGUCGCUACUCCCAAGCCCUACCUCCAGGCCCUGGGAACCCCAUCUCCCUUCCUUCAAGCCCAGGGUACCCCUACCCCCUCCUACCUUAGCUCCAACUCAGCCAACCUGUCCUACCUGUGCUCCCCAACCACCACGCCCUCCUACCUAGGUCCCAAUGGCCUCAUGGGGAGCUACAUCUCCACCGACCCCAGCCCUCCCCAGGCCCAGCCGGAGGUAUCCCCCCGGGAAAGCCCUUUGGCUGUCCACCCCUCACCAGGAUCAGGAAGUCUUCACACACUGCAUCACGACUCCAACAGCCCCUCUCUCCAACAUCGGCACCAGCCCACCAAUCACGGCAGCCCUGUCAUGGGCCACCAGCCCUCUCCUGCCAAUGGCUUUGUGGAGUUUGGGAUCCCUGGGAUGGUAAUGGCGGGAAGUCCUGUGUUGGGCCGCCACCACUAUAACCCGUGUGUGUCCAAGGGGACACAGUCCAGCCCAGUGCUGAGUCGACAGCCCUCCAUGCCCCAGAGGAGCCCUGUCCUGAGCCGACAACCAUCCCUGACGCAGGCCUCCCAGGGCAGCCCCGUGCUCAGCCGCCAGCCCUCCCUCACCUACAGCCAGCCUAUCCAGAGCAGUAUCCAGAGCAGUCCGGUGCUGAGUCGACAGCCGUCCCUCACCCACCAGCAGGGCAGUGGUAAUAGUCCGGUGCUAGACCACCACCCGUCCCUCGGCCAGAUGUCACAAUGCAGUCCGAGUCUGGACCGACACCCUAUGUUGCAUAGUAGCGGCUACACCACCCCGGACGAGAGGCACGGCACCCUGUCCCGACAGAGCAGCUCCUCAGGAUACCACCCACCAUCCACGCCCUCCUUCCCCCUCUCCCCUGCGGGCUACCUGGACGGGGGGAUGAUGAUGGGGCUAAGGCAGGGCAGCCCGGCCCCCCCGGCGCAGGCUCAACCCCAGCUGCCAGAGAAGAGGCGCAUGUCGAGCGGGGAGAGGCCCAACGGGGUGCUCUCUUACGGGACGCUGAACGGGAAAAUGUCCUCACCUAUGUCGAGUGGAGGGAGCACACCCAGCACCAGCUACUUUCAAACACUGCCUGACUUCUCCAAGUUUAACAUGUCUGACGGGAGUCCCGAGACCAGGCUGAAUGUAAAGUUUGUUCAGGACACUUCCAAGUUCUGGUACAAGCCUGACAUCUCCCGUGAACAAGCCAUCAGCCUGCUGAGAGAGAGAGAGCCCGGGGCCUUUGUCAUUCGGGACAGUCACUCCUUCCGAGGGGCCUAUGGCCUGGCCAUGAAAGUGGCCUCUCCUCCUCCCACUGUACAGCAGACCAAGAAAGCUGGUGACAACACUAAUGAGCUGGUGAGGCACUUCCUGAUUGAGACAAGUCCUAAGGGAGUGAAGCUGAAGGGAUGUCCCAACGAACCUUACUUUGGAUGUCUGUCCGCUCUGGUGUACCAGCACGCCAUGACUCCACAGGCCCUGCCCUGUAAACUGGUCAUACCUACCAGAGAUAUCCACGAGGAUGUGCCGGAUAUUGCCACACCAACCAACCCAGCAGCUGAACUCCUCAAACAAGGAGCCGGGCAGAGGGCCCCUGCUGACUCCCAUGCAUGCAAUGUGCUGUACAUCAACUCGGUGGACAUGGAGUCUCUGACGGGACCUCAGGCCGUCGCCAAGGCCAUCUCGGAGACGGAGGCUGCCGUGUCCCCGCCCACCGCCACCAUCGUGCACUUCAAGGUGUCGGCCCAAGGCAUCACCCUGACCGACAACCAGAGGAAGCUUUUCUUCCGGCGCCACUACCCCAUCAACACUGUCACAUUUUGUGAUAUCGACCCUCAGGAGAGAAAGUGGAACAAACCUGAAGGGGGCACAGCCAAGUUCUUUGGGUUCGUGGCUCGGAAGCAAGGAAGCACAACUGACAACGUCAGUCACCUCUUUGCUGAGAUGGACCCCGAUCAGCCCGCCAGCGCUAUCGUGAACUUUGUUUCCAAGGUGAUGAUCGGCUCGCAGAAACAAUGAGCUGAACUUUUGACGAUCCCUGUUUUUUUUCUUUUCUUUUUUUUUUGUUCUUUUUAACCACGGAGGAAAUGUAUGUUCUAUUUUGGAUUUUGUCUGUAUUAUUUUGUUCUGAUCUUGUGUGUCACCUCUUUCCUUCUGAUCUUGUCUUUUACUUGUGAGUGCACGUGGUGUUUACACACGUGUGUGUGCUUCUUGGAAGGACUCCUGUGUGGCGCUAACUAGGGGGAUAGAGGAAGUGCAGUUUGUGGUUGUGGCUAUGUGGGAUGUUGGCUUUGGGGGGCCAUUGUGAUCUCUCUAGCAGGGUAACACAAGAACAGGAAGGAUACAUUUAUGUCAAUGAUGAUGUCAGUGAGCAUGGUUUGUUAAAAAAAGAGAAGAAGAAGUAAGGUUGUGUGACGUAGAAGUGUUAAGCUGUCAGGCGUUUGGACCGGUCAACCAAAGAUUUUUUUUUUUAAGUAGCCAGGGGUGAGUAUUCCACUGUCGGAAGGUCUGUUGGAAAUUAUAUUUUGUAAAAAAAAAAAAUAAGUAUUAAUCAAAAAAAAAUAUUUUAAAUUUUCUUUCUAUAUACAAGUACUGAUACUGUAUGUAUGUUAUUCUUAAAGAGUUUGCAUCUUUGCCUUCUUCGCAAAGCGUAUUCCAGGACAUUUUUGCAUGCUGGUGAGUUGAGUUAAUGUAAAUAUCACGGAGUGCUUUCUGGGUAAGGCGUAGAUGACUUGGGGCCUGAAAUGUUGUUUUUUUUGUUUUGUUUUUUGCUUUCUGUAAUAAAAAAUGGAAAGAGAAAGAAAGAAGCAUACCUGCUCUCUUCUACAUACAGACCAAAUUUGUAAUGGGCAAACACACUGUUCUCCUCCAACUUCCAUUGUUCUUUUCCCCUCUUCUGUUUGACGGAUGGAGGAUAGAUAGAAGCUUGUCCAGUUCAGUCCAACUAUUCACCUACACAGUGGUAUUUUAACCCCAUAAUAUCUUUGGUAGCUGAAAUCUGCUGUUACCCUACUUCUAGACCAACCUGCAAUGUGCACCCCUCUAUGGAGAAAUGUUGGUUAGGCUGAAUGGUUACCCUUUGUGUGUUUAACAUUGAAAAACUGCCACUCCUCUCUGUGCAUGUAUGAGCAUCAUAGAAGAACAGAGUUCACUGCUGAUUUAUGAAUGGCGGACGGGUUUGGGCAAUGAGAGCUUAUGUCCAGGUUGUCACUGCUACAGCAUCAAGCUCUCUCUCUCUCUCUUCUCCUUGGGAAGUUUGCAGAUAUUCUACCCUUGCAACCAUCUUAGUCUAGAUCGAGAAAGGCCACUAUCCCUACACAUCAGCCUGUCAAACUUGUAAGCACCCACAUCAUACCCACAAGUAAGCUAUAUACAUAUAAAUAUACAUAUAUAGAUAUAUAUAAAACUUCUAAAUAUUUAUUUUUUUGCUCUGUCGCUCUGUUAACUCAUAUUACUUGUAUACAUAUAUUGUAUAGUCUACAUCAAGAUUACUGAAAGAGUAAAAAAAAAGUGCAUCAAAAUAUAUAUGGUGUAAAGUGUAUGCAUUUUAAAGCUUGUUCUUGUUGUUUUGAGUAUGUUUUUCCACUGCAUUACUUCGUCUUUGUAGGAAACAUUCUUUGUUAGUUGGGAGAAAGAGCGGCUAGGAAAGUCCUUUGUUGCAAAAGUCAUGGAUUCGUCCUAAAUGGAGACGAUAUUUUACGCUCAUGUCCAAAUGAAAAAUGGAAUGGUCAGACUUAAACACUUAAAUAUUUUCAUGUGAAAUAUCAACACCCAUAUUUGUAGUUGGCAAAACAGUGAGAUGAUUGAAAUGACUACUUCAUGUAAACAGACUUGCUGUGUAUGUUUUCAGAAGGUGUAGAGGCUAAAUAUUACUUCCUUGAUUACAUCCUCAAUCUAUCAUCACAGGUUUAUUAGUAAAUCUCCACCAGAAGUAUUUUCCUGAGCAAUUGCACAUUUUGUUAUAUAGGGCCUACUGCCCUCAUGUGGUAAAACACAUUUUGACUACCCAUUUUGUUUUUACUGUAGAGUUUCAACUGUGAUUUCAGCAAUGGCCUUUAGUAGACACGCAAUACUCAAAUGGCCAGUGCUGAGUUUAAAUGAUCAUUUACUGAAUGAGGAAGACUUUUAUGCCCAAAUAUUAGGGCAAUAUUUUGCCGUUUUUAUUUUGUGAAUGUCCUUCAAUUCAAUUAUGUUUGGAGCAGGGUAGCAAAUGAUCAAAUAUACUCCAGUAAAAAAAUAAAAAUACAUCGCACUUAUAAAUGGGAUUCUGUCAUGUCAAAAUACACAGAAAUAGUUUGCAUGUUCAGUCCACUUCUUUUAACUCAAUGUUUUGUAUCAACUACGUAUGUUCUGUUCAAGCUCAAGCUCUUCUCCCGUGGCUUCUUUGCUUGUUCAACUAUUCACUCCUCUUCAACGAGAAUCGUAUUUAUUGUGUUGAUAGUCACAACUGUAACAAUAUAUGUGGCAAAAAAACAUGGUAGAUUCUGCAUUUGUGUAUGAUCAACCUGUGAUAAAUGGUUGUGGAGUAAAUCACCCUCUACCACAAAAUGAAUGUUUGUCAACAAAAACCAAUUGUGUAAGACGUCUCCUUUGAUGUAUGUGUGCCCACUUUGAGGAAAUCGCCUAGACUUAACAUGUGUGAAUGUGCUACUAUGCCUGUACAGAACCUCUAUGUAUUUUGAUUUGCUUUACGGUAUGGCUUUUAUUGUUUGAGAAGAAAAAAAACACAUUAAAAAGUAAUACAAAUCA